GAUCUACGCGUGUGACGUAGAGCAGACGGACCAUGGCGCUGUGUAGCUCUGUGUGACAGGUUAGCAUCACCGAACACCUCCGGACGGACGCGUCUGCGCACUGACAUCCGCCGCAGGCAGACAUACCGCGGCGGGGUGACAAACAAGGAUGGGGUCCCGAAUCAAGGAGAGCCCCGAGUCCACGUAUGAGGUCUUCCUGGAGGUCUCACAACCAGGAAUACACACCUCAGGACCGGAGGUGAGGAGACAGUAUCCUGCAGAUUACACUGAUCAGGAAACUCUGAACACGGUGCCCAAAUUCUGCUUCCCCUUCAGCAUGGACAGCCUGACGGUGAACCAGGUGGGGCAGAACUUCACGUUUGUGUUGACGGACAUCGAGAGCAAACAGAGAUUUGGUUUUUGUCGUCUCUCUUCGGGGGCUCACACCUGCUACUGCAUCCUCAGCUACCUGCCGUGGUUUGAAGUCUUCUACAAGCUGCUGAAUAUCCUCGCUGAUUACACCAUCAAAGGACAGGAGAGUAACUGGCAGGAGCUGCUGGUGUCUCUACACACUCUUCCAAUCCCCGAGCCCGGAGUCCCCGUUCAUCUGGGUGUGCAUUCCUUCUUCACUGUUCCCGACACAGGGGAACUUCCCAGCAUACCUGAGAAUAGAAACCUAACAGAGUAUUUUGUAGCAGUAGACGUCAACAACAUGCUUCACCUGUACGCCAGCAUGCUUUACGAACGACGAAUCCUCAUCUGCUGUAGCAAACUGAGCACUUUAACCGCUUGUGUCCACGGCUCUGCAGCCAUGAUGUAUCCGAUGCACUGGCAACACGUUUACAUUCCUGUCCUGCCUCAACACCUGCUAGACUACUGCUGUGCCCCCAUGCCCUACCUCAUCGGAGUGCAUUCCAGCCUGAUGGAGAAAGUCCGAGGGAUGGCUCUGGAUGAUGUGGUGGUCCUGAAUGUGGACACAAACACCCUGGAAACCCCGUACGACGACCUCCAGAGUCUGCCCAACGACGUGGUUUCAUCUCUAAAAAGUCGUUUGAAGAAGGUUUCCACGACAACGGGAGACGGUGUAGCUCGGGCGUUCCUGAAGAGUCAGGCAGCUUUGUUCGGCAGCUACAGGAACGCUCUGCAGAUCGAACCGGGAGAGCCGAUCACGUUCAAUGAAGACACGUUUGUGAACCAUCGUUCCAGUGCCAUGAGACAGUUUCUGCUGAAUGCCAUCCAGCUGCAGCUCUUUAAACAGUUCAUUGACGGUCGGUUGGACUUGUUGAACGCAGGCGAAGGUUUCAGCGACAUCUUUGAGGAUGAGAUCAACAUGGGAGAGUACGCAGGCAGUGAUAAGACCUACCACCAGUGGCUCUUCACAGUGAAGAAAGGGGGCGGAGCCAUCUUCAACACGGUGAAGACCAGGGCAAACCCGGCCAUGAAGAACGCUUACAAGUUUGCUAAGGACCACGCCAAAAUGCGGAUCAAGGAAGUGAAGAGUCGACUGAAGCAGAAGGAGCAGGCAGAGAACGGGUUCCCAGCGACGGGGUCGGCAGCCAUCGACGACGACGACAACACGGCCGGGUUCACCUCGUCUACAGGCGGCGCAGUCAGGAGGGAGGGGCCUCUGCGAACACUGGAGGACCACCGGCCAAUCACUGUGCACUUUGGACAGGCUCGUCCUCCGAUGUUGCUGAAGAGGCCGAGCAGUAACGUGAGUCUGGAGAGCAGCGUCGACCACUCUCUCCGUCCCACUCGUCACUACACCGUCUUUCUCUCGGAGGAUUCGUCCGGAGACGAGCUCCAGUACGACGACGAAUCCAUCUCUGCUUUGCCCGACAGCUUUCUCUUCUCCGCCCCCUUCGAGUGGUCGCCUCUGCCUCAGCCGUACCGCUCCCUGAAGGAGGUGGAGUUAAUGGAAGCUGAUGAUCCCGGUUUUGGUGCAGAAAGUCACACGGCUCCUCCCAGUCCAGUCACCGAGAAGUUCUCCAACAUCAACCUGCUGGGGGACAUCUUUGGCUGCCAGGACGAGCCCGACGGCCAACACAUGACCCUCGCCAAAAGUCUGGAGGACCUGAGGACCCCCAAAGACUCGGAGGAGCUGCAGGCCAAGUUCACCUACCAGCGGAUGGACCUGACAGUCGGGGAACACUCACGGACUCUUCCGGGCCUCAAACUCUCCAACCUGUCUUACAACAAGCUGUGGAGCGUCGGAGCGGAGGAGUCCUCCCUGCCUGUGUCUGGUCCUCCGUCCUGCAGCAGACCUCCUUCUGUCCAGCUUCCUGUUCGGAGUGAAGCCCCCUCCCCGAGCCGAGACACCUCCAGCCCCGCCCCGGACCCUUUAGACCCCUCCUCCUCCUCUGGAAACAUCACCAUCCCGCGCCCCCACGGAAGGAAAACCCCGGAGUUAGGGGGCGUCCUGGCUCCUCCUGGGGCUCAGUCUCGCUCUAAACCUGAGGGAGGGUCUACGUGGGGGGGGCAGGAGUUCAGACAGGCCUUGACCUUGAGCACAGAUGGAGACUUGCUGAAGCCCUCCAGGCCUGAGGAGGACAACAUAGACCUGAUCAGCCUGCUGGACCCCCUGAAAAACUCUACACUAGCCAGCUCCGCCCCCCAGAGUGAUGGUGUGGGUGUGUCCCCAUCGUCCUGCAAACCCCCUCUUCCCCCCCGGCCGUAUCCUCAGGGCUUGCCCCCGUUCCCCCUGCACCCCCAGGUAUCACUGAACCCCUUCACCCCCUCCAUGCAGCACCCGUCCCCUCAGAUGCACUACGCCCCGACUGUCAGCGGGAACCCCUUCAGCUCAGUCUACAGACCCCCACCUGG